AUGAGCAACAUCGACAACACCGACAGCACCGAUAACACCAAUGACCUUGUUAUUUUUAGCAAAGCUUUUCCAACGAAGUAUGAUUAUGCUUUGACCGAGUUCAACUCAAUCUUUCUUAUCGGAAGAGAAUUCUCUUCAACUGAAGCUGUUCGUGAAGCUGCCAAGGCAUAUGGCACUAAGCAUAAUAUUGCCUUAACCACUACUUUCUCAUCAACUUCUCGCAUAAAAAUGAGCUGUAAGCACGCUGGUGAGUAUAGAGACACCAGAAAGGCCAAGAAAGCAGCUUUAAAUGUCUCUGUGGGCGAAGACAGUCCUCUUCCUGGAUGGAAGAGACAGCGGGAAAAGGAUACGCAGAAAAGAGGUUGCCCAUGCUUUGUGUAUGCUUCGAGAAAGAAAACCGGGAUUAUUACUGUGAACUCGCGUGAGGCACAGCAUAACCAUGGGAUUGAAGAUGACCGUAGAGCUUAUGCUAUGUACCGCAAGCUCUCGCCGGAAGCCAUGUCCCUCGUUACCAAGCACCUUGAAGAUCAAGAUGAUGUUUCUACAAUCUUUGAAGAUUUGAAGGACAAUGGAUUCAAAAAUAUUAUUCGUCAAGAUAUUGAGAAUAUUAAGCAAGAUUUUAGAAAAUCUGAUGUGGGAAAGGAGAUGUCUGGCUUCAUCACCAUCUUGCAAGAGCUUAACUUCCAUGUCAGACACUCUGUCAGCAGUAGUGAACAUAACAAGGACAACAUGGUUUUUUUUGCUCAUAAAGACGCAGUUGAAAAGGCAAGACGAAUGGCCGGGACAGUUGUGAUCGAUGCAACAUACAAGACAGAUAUUCAUAAAAUGGCAUUCGUCAAUAUUGUUGGGACUGACAGCACAGAAGGCAAAUUUCGUAUGCCUUUAAAAACGUUUCCAAUUGCCGGUGCUUGGGUGGAAAGCGAAACAGAAGAGAAUUAUCUCUGGGUAAUUCGCUGUCUGCGCGAUGCAGUAUGGCCAGAUGUUGACGACAGUACCAACACCAACAUCAACACCACCAACAAUGCUACAUCUACACUCACACCUAUUCUUCCAAGUAUGAUAGUUACCGAAAAUGAAGGACACUUGAGAAAUGCAGCUUCUUUUAUUUUUCCUGAAUCAAAAAGUCUUGUGUGCUAUAAGCAUAUCAAGACUACCUUCAAGAAACAGCUAUUCCCGGUGAUGAAAGGAGAUGAGGAUGGUGAAAAAAUAAUUCUCUUGGAGAAAUUGACAGGUUAUCUUGACCGAAUCUUUCUGGAGUGCACUACUCCUAAAGAAACAAAAAUAGAAACUGCCAAUCUUCUCAACUUUGCAAAAGAGAAUUGCAAUGACCAUGGAAAAUUAGCCGCUGAUUUUCUUGAGAGGUACAUAUAG